GUUCGGCCGUUGCGAGGCUUGGGCGCACCUGUCUUUGGAGUCGCGGAGGCGAACGUCUAUCGCUUCGGAGCCGUGCCAUCUGCUCCAGAGGUGUGGGGCUUCCUGCGAGACGCUGCCUUGCGGCUCGGCGCCGCCCUGCCUCCCUCGCCGUUUCUGCUGGCUGGUGGGGCGGGAGUGGGAGCCGCGUGGAUCCCUCAGGCGCUGGCGCUGGACAAUCCUGCGGCCGCCGCGGCCGCGGUGGUGGCUGCUGCUGGCGGAGGAGGCGCGGCGGUGCCUGCACCAGGCGACGGCGCUGGAGGCGGCGGCGGCGCUGCUGUUCCUGGAGGCGCAGGCGCGCUCGCUGCAGCUCUGGGCGUGGCGAUGCCUCCUCCCCUGGGGGGUGGCGGUGCUGGGGCGGGCGGCCCAGGAGGCGGCGCUGCAGCUGCUGGUGCGCUCGCGGCGGUGGCGCCAUUGGCGGCUGCCGAUCCUCGCGUCUUCCCGUUGGCGACGGAUCACGCUGGUCGCCGCCAGCUGGACUACUCAGUCGCGCUGCGGGACGCUACUACCACGCCACGGGACGAUUGGCCGAUCAAGGGGCCAAGGACGACCCAGUGGUGCUUGGAGCACAUGCGUCGGAACGCGGGCGGCCCGUUGGCCUGGCACUCGAAGUGGAAAGCGGAGGCGAGGCUUCGCGACUCGGAUGCCAUCUGCCAGCAGCAUGAGAUGAACUGCAGGCUGCUGGAGAUGGCCACCUGCUACGACCAGCUCAACACUCAGCUCAUCGAGGAACGCCACUACGAGGAGACGGUAGCCGCGCAGGUGGCGGCAGGGGAGAAGAAGGACAAGAAGAAGGGCCUCGGGGCGAGCGAGAGUCUACUCGCUUCGGAGGCCGAGCACUACAUGGGCGCGUCGGCGAGCAAGGGCAACCUCUGCAUCCCGCCAGCGCUCACGGAGUUCAUUGCAGAGCAGCUGAAGGCGGAGGCAGCUGUUGCCAAGGAGAGCUCCGCGAUGAAGCCUGCAGGGCGUCAGCGUGACGUGCUCCCUCUGCCGCCGCUCGCGCUGGAUGAGCGCGCUGCUUCCUGUCGCAGCCGGCGGGGCCAGCAGCGGGCGCAGCGUGGGGCCGCGUGGAGGCGUUGGGCUAACGACGGCAUCGCGGCGCUCAACCAGCUGAGUGGCCACGGCGCAGGUGCGGCGGCGCCGCCAGGGCUGACGUCAUCAGCUGCCCAGGCGAGCGCGCUGGACCACAUCAGCCAGGCCUUUCGCGAUUUUCCUGUGCCUCCUGACUAUCAUGAGGACCGAGUUUCAGGCGAAGCAGCCCUUGCAGAGCUGCUCGCUUCGGCGCCUGGGUAUUCCGCGGAGUCUCAGCGCGUCAAGCCCUACAGCAAGGACAUGGUGUCCUGGCCCGACAUGUCUACCGCGCCUGUGGGUCACAGAGUUGGUGGAUCAGGUGAGAUGUCGGCUUCUGAUUCCCGAGAUGCGCCAGCUCCGCGGCGCCCGUACGUGGGCCCGAUGUUGGCCAACAGCCUUCGCGCCUACGCUGGCUUCGUUGGGAAGUUGCUUCAGGGUGGUAUGAUUAGCUUCCGCGUGGCGCGUGCUGCUGAUCCUUAUAGUUUGGGAUUUUUCUUUGUUGAGAAGGUGGGUGAGGGCACGUUGAGACUCGUGUUCGACACGAGGGUGGCGAACGAGGAUUUCGAGCCCCCGCCCACGACGACGCUUCCGACGGCUGCUGCGCGGUCCGCCUUGGAGUCGCAGUGUCCCGUCGUUCUAGCGCAGGGUGACACCCAAUGCGCAUUCUAUCACAUGCUGGUGCCAAAGGGGAUGGAGGAAUGCUUCGCGCUGCCCACUAUUUCAAAUCAGUUGCUGGGGAUUACUCACGUCGACGGAUUGCCAGUGGCUAGCGACUGCUAUCUCCAGCCCAUGGUGCGCGCGUUGCCGAUGGGAUGGAGUUGGUCGCUGCUGUUUUGUCAGAGCAUCAUGCGCAGGGCUCUAGUGGAGAACGGGUUCAGCGACGGAUCGUUGAUCGAG